AUGGUCAUUGCUUUAAGUGCGAAGAAUAAACUGAAGAUUGUUACUGGAGAAUAUAAGGAACCAGAGUCCACAUCCAAUCUCAAGCCAAUGUGGGACAGAACAAAUGAUAUGGUAAUCUCAUGGAUACUCAAUACUAUUUCUGAUUCUAUCAGUAAUACUUUGAGCUUUGUUAAUACUGCAUCUGCUUUGUGGAAAGAGCUGAAUGAACACUAUGCACAGUUAGAUGGCCAUAGGAUCUAUCAAGUAACUGUAGAUGUAACACAACUUAAGCAGAGUAACACUAGUGUUGAGGUGUAUUAUCAUAGGCUAAAAGGAUUUUGGGAUGAGUUAGAUGCAUUAGAAGCACCUUAUGCUUGCACUUGCAACUGUAUUUGUGAAAAUGGCAAGACUAAUGGUGAGAGGGAACAGAGAAAAAGGUUAGUUCAAUUCUUGAUGGGACUUGAUGAAUGUUAUUCAAACAUUCGUGGUCAAAUUCUGCUCAUUCAACCCUUACCUACAGUUGCUAAGGCAUAUAGUAUGAUUAGGCAAGAAGAGAAACAGAGGGAAGGUAUUCUGCCUAAACCUCCCACCAUUCCAACAGCUUUAACUGCCAACACUCACAAAUACACCCCAAACACAACCUAUAAGAAACCUACCUACUCUGCAAAACCAAAUGAAAGGAAAUCACCCUUUAGAAAAGGUAUUUUUUGUGAUAAAUGUCAAAAAGAAGGUCAUGUGAAGAAAGAGUGUUACCAAAUUGUUGGUUACCCCCCUGGUCACCCACUGUAUGGAAAGUUCAAACCUUACACCUCACCAAAACCUUCUGUGCACUCUACCUUCUGUGCACUCCUCUGCUCCAUUCCAUUGACAAUUCUGGAUCAAUGCACUCACAAGAACCAGCUCUGCAUAGCAGAAUGGACCAGUUGCAAAACCAACUGA